CCCUGUGUCUGUGUGCUGGGCCGGCGGCGGCGAGUGUGUGCGAUGCGGUGACCCUCACGCAGCCCACGCCUGACGCCUCCAGGGGACAGGACGGGCCUCUGCCUCUCUCUCCUUCACCUUCACUUUAAAAUACACCAGCCCGCGGCUCCUCAGCGCUCUCUCUCGCUCUCGCUCUCGUCAGGCACGCACGCACGAGUGAACACAGACGCGAUCUCCUGCUCUCUGCCUCCCUCGUUCUCCUCUGCCCGUGCGCGCUCCAGGGCACACACGUACGGAGCGUGCGAGCACCGUCAUGGAGGAGGACGGCGGCGGAGGCGCGCGGCACGUGGAGCGGUGGGAGGGCUACGUGGACUGGAGGAACCGGCCGGCGACCAGGGGCCGGCACGGCGGCAUGGCCGCCGCCUCCUUCGUGCUCGUGGUGGAGGUGCUGGAGAACCUGGCGUUCCUGGCGACCGCGAGCAACCUGGUGACGUACCUGAUGGGGUCCAUGGGCUACUCGCCGUCGCAGUCGGCCACGGCGGUGACCAGCUUCAUGGGCACGGCGUUCCUGCUGGCGCUGCUCGGCGGCUUCCUCUCCGACGCCUUCCUCACCACCUACACCGUCUACAUCGCCAGCGCCUUCGUCGAGCUCACGCUUCUCUAUGCAUCCCGGCUCUACUCGAAGCGACCGCAGCCAGGCUUCCGAGCAAAGCUCGCGGCGAGCGUACGGGCCCAGCCAGGCUCAGUACAUGCAACGGCACGUAUACCGAGGUAUGUUUUUAGUUAGUUUUUUUGUUAUAUCUUCUAAUUAAAAGAUUUAAUCACCGAACAAAUUUUAUAUUUGUGUCCCCAAUAUUUUUUCGAUCAAAACUAGACCAUAUAUGCUAUAUAAUAUUUAAAAUUUUAUUUGUGCAUUCUUCACUAGUACAUGUUUUGAUACAUACAACCAAACACUGUCUCAAUACCGCCAGAUUUAAUUGAGCCAAGUAACCAAACACUAAACCUUUGCAUACACUCAACCAGGCUAUAUAUAGCCUGGCUGACUGAUGCGAGCCAGGCGGACCAGUGAAACGAACCAAUCACGUGGAAAAUGAUUUGUUUUGCAUUUACUCAUGCAACCUGCGUCUAACACGUACAGUCAACCAGACAUAAACUCAAACAAAAUCAACACAUACGAUGGUCCGAGAUAAGUUGAUAUGAGCAACCAAUCAGCCGUGAUAUUGCAGCUGUGCCACUGCCAUGGCCAUGGGCGGCAUACGCAUCAGGUCCAAUGAUUGGUGCUAGGACGCCAAAAACAAAACGUAGGAGGCCCCGCCCAAUGCAAGGUGCCGUGCCAAUCCUCGGAAGCCAUCUCAUUCUGAGUAGCCCAGUAGUACCUGGAGGCCGGCGUGCGGGCCCAUUUUGUGUGGGCGGUAAGCCGGUAAGGUUCGGUGGCGCCGACCACGCUAAUCUCUACGUUCUACGCGCCUGGCCCUGGCGGUGAUGAAAGACAAGAAAGAGACUGUAGUACGUACGCUACGCGUCUGUCUCGUCUAAUGACGACGGGUCCACCAAGGAUCAACGGACAGGGACAAGCGACGAACGAGUAGGUAACCGCCGUGUCCGUGCGACGGCAGAACGUUCUGGAGGGCCUUGCCGUGGUCCGUACCGAACAAAAACCUGGUCACCAGACACGUGUAAAUCACUCCUACCUAGUACCAGAAUAUCUGUGAUGCAGGCCCAUUUGGUGGUUGGUGUACUAGAUUUCUUCGUCAGUGUAAAGAAAUCCGUACAUCUGGCACGUCGAGACAGACGCUGGCAAAGCCGAAAGCCCCAAGCGUGACGCCAGGGCCCGACGUGCGGACGCGAACUGCCGCGGGCCCGCGUGUCUACAACUUCAUCAAUCGUCGGGAAGAUUCGGGCCGGGGGCACCGCCUUCCUGCUGCCGGCACGGGCACGCGGAGCGAGGGUGGGCAGGGAACCAUAUGUUUAAUGUGUAGAUAUACUCAUAUGGACUCCAACAACAACAACAACAACAACAAAAAAAGUUUCAUGCUCAUUAGAUCGUAUAUAAGUAUAAUAUGACCAACUCAUAGUUUUAUCUAGGUUUAUCUAUACUCAGACAUACAUGAUCCAUCCAACGAGCAUAAAGUCUUUUUUUAUUAUAAUAGAUAGCGCAUGCGCUAUUAGAGUAAAAUACGCAUGCCUUAUAUAUGAGCGUCUGACCGUCUGUGUUCCGGCCAUUCGGACUUCGGAGCCAUGCAAACGUCUCACCCUGGCCCGUACGGUUCGUAGAUCGUAGUCAGCAGCGCUGACAAUUACACACAUAAAGCCCAAGCCCGCGCUUAACCUGAUUCUAUUUGGCCGAUCAAAAGGAUGCGUGGGACGACGGGUGCCGGAGUCGAGUCGGUCUCCUCCGCUUGCUUUGCCGCUCGGCUCACCGCUCACGGGCGCAAAGCGACGCCGCGCACGGGCGGAGCCCGAGCUGUGGCGGCCCCGUCGCAAGUACGCAGAGCUUUUGUCACUGUCGCCUGAUAUUUACCCAAUCAUUCAACAUGAUGAUGGAUCGUCUCUUGACAUGAUGGGUCCCUUUUGCUUUUUAUAUUAGGCAACAAAAAAAAACACAAAUUCAGAGAAAAUAAACUGCACAGGAUUCACACCAAAAUUCGUCAUGUCAGAAUUGGGAAUGCGUGUAGAAUUUCGGCCCGGCCCAAAGCCAAAGACAAUGGGCUGCGGAUGCCUACCGAACUCUUUCUGAUGGCUAACUUAAUCUGCGGUGCAUGUCUAAAUCAUCCCUUCCAUGGCGCGCGCGCAGGGGUUGGUGAUCCUGACGGUGCAGGCGCGCACGCCGUCGCUGAUGCCGCCGCGGUGCGCCUCGCCGGGCGCGGGCGGGGCUGCGUGCGAGCCCGUGUCGGGGGCGAAGAAGGCGGUGCUGUUGGCGGGGCUGUACCUGACGGCCCUGGGCGUGGGCGGGAUCAAGGGCUCCCUGCCCUCCCACGGCGCGGAGCAGUUCGACGAGCGCGCGCCGCGGGGGCGCAAGGCCCGCUCCACCUUCUUCAACUACUUCGUCUUCUGCCUCUCCUGCGGCGCCCUCGUCGCCGUCACCUUCGCGGUAUGGGUCGAGGACAACAGGGGAUGGGAGUGGGGGUUCGGCAUCUCCUCCGUCGCCAUCCUGCUCUCCGUCCCGCUCUUCGCCGCGGGCUCCAGCCUGUACCGGAACAAGCUGCCCACGGGGAGCCCGCUCACAACCAUCGCCAAGGUCCUCGCCGCCGCCGCGCUCGCGCGGCGCCGCGGCGGCGGCGGCGGCGGCGCGCAGAGCUCCAGCAACGGCGCCGUCAUCGACCGCGCGCCCAGCCCCGCGGGGAGCGCCGACGACAUGGAUGAGUACUGCAAGUCCGGGGACAUGGAGGAGAUCUCGAUCUCCGACGCGGCGUCGCCGGCCGCCGAGCCGUCCCGCGAGCUCGCGUUACUGAACCGCGCGGUGCAGUGCCAGCCGCCGCGGCACGGCCGCCGCCUGGCGUGCACGGUGCAGGAGGUGGAGGACGUCAAGGUCGUGCUCAUGGUGCUGCCCAUCUUCUUGUCCACCAUCAUGCUCAACUGCUGCCUGGCGCAGCUGUCCACCUUCUCGGUCGAGCAGGCGGCCACCAUGGACACGCGCGUGGGGAGGCUCACCGUGCCGCCGGCGUCGCUCCCCGUGUUCCCGGUCACGUUCAUCAUCGUCCUCGCGCCCGUCUACGACCACAUCAUCGUCCCGUUCGCGCGCCGCGUGACGGGGACCGAGACGGGCAUCACGCACCUCCAGCGCAUCGGCACCGGGCUGGUGAUGUCCGUCGUCGCGAUGGCCGUGGCCGCCGCCGUCGAGGUGAAGCGCAAGGACGUGGCGUCCAGAAGCGGGAUGCUGGAGGACUCCGGGAAGCCGCUGCCCAUCACCUUCUUCUGGAUCGCGUUCCAGUACCUGUUCCUGGGGUCCGCGGACCUGUUCACGCUGGCGGGGCUGCUCGAGUUUUUCUUCAGCGAGGCGCCGCCGCGGAUGAGGUCGCUGGCGACGUCGCUGUCGUGGGCGUCGCUGGCGCUGGGGUAUUACCUCAGCUCGGUGCUGGUGUCCGUCGUGAACAGCGCGACAGGCCGCGGCGGGCACCGGCCGUGGCUGCAGGGCGCCAGCCUGAACCACUACCGCCUCGAGAGGUUCUACUGGGUCAUGUGCGUGCUCAGCAGCAUCAACUACCUCUUCUUCCUGUUCUUGGCCGUCAGGUACAAGUAUAGAAACGCGGGGGUCAUCAAAGUGAUGAGGACAUCACUAUGAGUACGACUACACCAGCAGCACCUCCACAUCAAGCGCCACUUCCUUCAUUAGCUGGGCCAAUCACUCGGGCCCGUGCCAGAGAUCUUAACUUCGUCAUGCUACUGAAGAAUGAGGGCCCAGAAGAAUAGACGACCAGCCCAACUGCGGCCCAUAGUGGACGACCUAGGGUUGGCCGCCCCUAGGGGCUGCGCCCCCUCUAUUUAUCCAGGAGCUGCGCCUCCUUUAUUUUCGAGUUUUGUUUUACGUUAGCCUUAGCUACUCUCGAACACGCGCAAAUCUGCGCUGUCUUCGUGUAUUCAGAACUCCACCCUCGAGUAAUAGAUUAGAUUGCUCGCA